AUGGUCGCUGUUAUGCAUACAAAAAAACGCAAGAUUCUUAUACCAGAGAAGGUGUCACCGGACGGCCUAGCGCUACUGAAAGAUGAGUUUGAUGUGGACGAAAAGAAGGGACUCAGUCCUGAAGAGCUCAAAAGCAUCAUUGGCGAAUAUGAUGCACUAAUCGUUCGAUCCGAGACCAAAGUGACGGCAGAUCUUCUGAAGGCAGCUAAGAAUAUGAAAGUGGUAGCCCGUGCAGGUGUUGGUGUUGACAAUGUUGAUGUUCAAAGCGCUACUCAGCACGGCAUUAUUGUCGUGAACUCACCCUCCGGGAACAUCAAUGCUGCAGCGGAGCACACUAUUGCGUUGUUGAUGGCUGUUGCCCGGAAUGUGGGCGAUGCUUCACAAAGCAUCAAGGCGGGCAAAUGGGAGCGUGGCCGGCUCGUAGGGGUUGAGGCUAAAGGAAAGACUCUUGCUAUUGUGGGAUUGGGCAAAGUUGGUCUCACAGUCGCUCGGAUCGCUAAUGGCCUGGGCAUGAGACUCAUCGCAUACGAUCCCUAUGCCAAUCCGAAUUUGGCAGCAGCAGCAUCAGUGACGCUCAGGCCUAGUCUUGCUGAGAUCUUGAAAGAGGCAGAUUUCUUGACGCUGCACACGCCUCUCAUAGCUUCAACCAAAGGCAUGAUUGGAAAAGCCGAACUAGAAACCAUGAAGCCCACUGCGCGAAUUCUGAAUGUUGCGCGGGGCGGGAUGAUUGAUGAAGAUGCUCUGGUGGAAGCUCUGGACGCUGGUAAGAUUGCAGGAGCUGGAAUCGACGUCUUCACUUCGGAGCCUCCUGAGCCAGACUCGUCUGCGACUCGAUUAAUCGCGCAUCCAAAGGUGGUUGCAACGCCUCAUCUUGGUGCCUCAACCACUGAAGCUCAAGAGAAUGUCUCCAUUGACGUAUGCGAACAAGUGGUGUCGAUCCUGUCUGGAGAGCUUCCUCGCACGGCAGUCAAUGCACCGAUAGUCCUUCCAGAGGAAUAUCGCACGCUACAACCCUUUAUCAGUCUCGUUGAGAAGAUGGGUAGUUUGUAUACCCAACACUACUCCAGCGUCAAGAAAGAUUCUUUCCGCACAACCUUCGACCUGAUAUACGAAGGAAAGCUAGCCACCAUCAACACCACCAAGCCUCUUUUCGCCGCAUUAGUCAAAGGCCUGCUGACGCCCAUCACCUCAAGCGAUGGCCUUAACAUCAACAUCGUCAACGCCGAGAUCCUCGCCAAGGAACGUGGUAUCCUCAUUAACGAGCAGCGCUCACGCGAAAACGUCGAAGACAAGCCCUACGCCUCAUUCAUCACCCUCCGCGCCCGCGCCUCCCGCUCCGUAUCCCAGCAAUCUCGCUCCAGCGUUUCGGCAUCUGCCGCGGCACGCUCAACCCGAGACAACAACAGCACAGACGACGACCAGAUCAUCCAAGGCUUCGUAUCCGGCAACAGACCCUUUAUCUCGCGCUUGGACAGGUUCAAAGGCGAGUUUGUGCCGCGCGGCACCCUCAUCAUCUGCCGAAAUUUCGAUUCCGUAGGCAAGAUUGGGUAUGUAGGGAAUCAGCUGGGGAAGGCGGGCGUGAAUAUCAAGUUUAUGAAUGUGGCGCCGUUGGAUGAGGAGGUCGAGGAGCAGCGAUUGAAUGGGGUUGAGGGGGGUGGGGAUAAGAAGGAGGGGAGUAAGGAGGCGCUGAUGAUUUUGGGGGUGGAUAAGCCGGUUGGGGAGGAGGUGCUUAAGAGGUUAAUUGGGGAAGAGGGGGUGUUGGAGGCGAGUGUUGUGAAUUUUUGA